GUAGGGAUAGUUUUGACAGACCCCCAGGACUCAUUCUGUGGCCUUCCGGUCCUUUCCUUGGGGGGGAUCUGGGCUCCUCGGAGGGCUAUUGUUUGCCGGCGGGCCCUGUUCUCAUCCCCUGGUACCGACACCUGUCAUUACCGAUCAUCCUCUGGCUGGGGUCCGGUGCCAUCUCUCCCCAGGCACCAUGAGUUUUGCAGAAAAACCAGAGGAGAUCACCAAAGACGAAUGGAUGGAAAAACUGAAUAAUCUGCACAUCCAAAGAGCGGACAUGAACCGUCUCAUCAUGAAUUAUCUGGUGACCGAGGGAUUCAAGGAGGCAGCAGAGAAGUUUCGGAUGGAAUCCGGCAUUGAACCCAGCGUGGACUUGGAGAGCUUGGAUGAGCGGAUAAAGAUCCGUGAAAUGAUCCUGAAGGGGCAGAUCCAGGAAGCCAUUGCACUAAUCAAUUCCUUGCACCCUGAACUACUAGAUACCAACCGCUACCUGUACUUCCAUCUUCAGCAACAACACCUGAUUGAGCUGAUCAGACAGCGGGAGACCGAGGCGGCUCUGGAGUUUGCACAGACUCAGCUGGCGGAGCAGGGGGAGGAGAGCCGGGACUGUCUCACCGAGAUGGAGCGCACACUCGCGCUCCUGGCAUUCGACAACCCAGAGGAAUCUCCCUUCGGAGACCUUCUUAACAUGAUGCAGAGGCAGAAGGUUUGGAGCGAAGUGAACCAAGCUGUUCUGGAUUACGAGAACCGAGAAUCCACACCCAAAUUGGCAAAACUCCUCAAACUGCUCCUGUGGGCUCAAAAUGAGCUUGAUCAAAAGAAAGUAAAGUACCCCAAGAUGGCUGACCUCAGCAAAGGGACAGUAGAAGAUCCCAAGUAAAGCCCUUUGCGACCCAUGUUGGGGAAAAGAAAGUCGCUCCGCAUCCUCUUUCAUUAACAGUCUGCGACCUCAACUCUUAUAACUAGAGCCGGAGGUAAUCCUUCCCCAGGACGAUAUUUUUUUUUCUCCCUUUGUCUCUGACAUCAUUUUCUGUUUUCUGGGAAGGGUUAUCCAAAGAGGAAAGAGACACGAAUGAGGAAAUGAAAGUAUCUGUCCUCUAGAGGUGGCACCGCCGGGGGCUCAGGUGGGACACUGGCUGCAGAUCUGGCCCGGGCGUUGGGGGGGGGGGGCGUUUUCUGUACCCCGAAAUUAAACACAUGUAUUUUUAUUAUUUUAUUA